CAGUUUCAUAAUAUCGAUGUUAUAAUUUCGACGUAAAUCGAACAGUGUAAACAUAGUAUAUGAUUGGUCAAUUUUUUACGGCUUAAGGCUUAAAGCAGAACUUUCUGAUACAAUUUAUUGUACAUACCUUAAAGUAAGUCAAAGCUAAGUUUCAAAUUCAAUUUAAGGGCCUGCGCACAAUGAAAGAAAUAGGAAACAGAAUAAGAAUUUCAACCUAUCAGAAACUGUGUAUUCCACAAUACAUGAUAGAAUGAAAUUCUUAAGGUGCAUUCAUAUGCAAGCAUCAAGCAGCGGAAGCAACAACCAAUCAACGAGGCGAUUUUUACAGUGGCGUAAAAAAUAUUUUUUACAUCACUGCUCAAAUCGCCCAGCUGAUUGAUUGCUGCUUGACGCUUGCAUGUGAAUGCACUUUUAUUCUCUGUUCCCUAUUCCUUUUAUUGUGCGCAGCCCCUAAGUUGAAGAUCUAGUAAUGAGUUGGCAACACUGAGGAAUAUGAAAUAAGAUUUCAGGUUGUGUUAAAUUCGGUUAAAUUGACUUGUCUUAAGUGUUUAGCCGGUAUGAAACUGUAAAAAUGAAUGAAAAAAAUGAAAAUAUGAUUGAAAAUGACAAUGGAGAGGGAAAGAAGGAUUUGUGUAAGGAGCUAAUUAAUGGCAUCACCUGCAGAGAGGAUUUAUAUCAGUUUUUCGAACAUAAUGACCAUAGCAUCAAUAGGAUUCACUUUUCUAAGGUUUCCCAAAUCUAUAAGGACGAACCAUGUCAGCUUGGAGUUGAUGAGGCAGGUCGUGGUCCAGUUUUGGGUCCAAUGGUUUAUGGGAUCUCAUAUGCUCCACUGUCUCAGAAGCAACUGCUUGUUGAUCUAGGCUGUGCUGAUUCCAAGAGCCUGACAGAAAAGAAACGCGACGAGAUAUUUGAUGAUAUCUGCAAGCAUAAGGAUAAUAUCGGCUGGGCGAUCGAAGUAAUAUCGCCAAAUGUUAUUGCCAACAACAUGUAUCGUCGCACCAAAAUUUCACUAAACGAGAUCUCCAUGAUAUCUGCUACAAACUUGAUCCGAGAAGCAAUCGAGGCAGGUGUGAAUGUUGCUGAGAUUUACGUAGAUACCGUCGGCAAACCUGAGUCUUACCAAACGCGACUGAAAAACAUAUUUCCCAGCAUCAAGAUAAUUGUGGCAAAAAAAGCAGACGCAACCUAUCCGAUUGUCAGUGCGGCUAGUAUAUGUGCCAAGGUGUUGCGAGAUCACGCAAUACGAGCAUGGCGGUUUCGCGAAGGUGACGGCAUCGAAACAGAAUACGGCAGCGGCUAUCCCAAUGAUCCAGUAACUAAAAAUUGGUUGUCCGCGAACGUGGAUCAGGUGUUUGGCUUCCCACAGCUUGUUCGGUUCAGCUGGUCCACUGCCGAACAGAUUCUUGAGUCAAAAGCAUUGACAGUAGACUGGGAGGAAACGGAGGAAACUUCUAACGAGCAAAAGAUUUUAAAGUUUUUCGCCAAAUCUUCAACUAAAUCGUCUAACGUUCACAUGAAAAAAUAUCCGUUCUUCGCUGAACGUUGUCUAUCUAAUACAACUAUCUUAUGAUAUUUACUUUAUGCUGAUUUCUUUCCUUCCCAUUGUAGUCAUUUAAUAGGAUUUUAAAGACCCUUAACUUAACAUAAAACUUUAUAGAAAUUA